AUGGCGGGCGGCGAGGCGGCGGACGGCGCCUGCGAGGCCUUGCGCCUCCUGCAGAUCGACGUGGGCGCCGGCCCCGCGGAGCCGCGGGCUGCCGCGGCGGGGCCCUGCUCGAGGAAUGUGCUUCGGAAAGAGAAACACUGGGAGAAGGUCCUCGCGGCCAAGAAGAGGAAGAGAGCACAGGAAAGAGAGAGAAGGAAAGCACGGCAGGCCGAGGGCAGAGGCGCUGCAGGAGAGCCUAGCAAAAGAGUUGUGAAAGCCAUGAUAGAGGAGCGCCUCCUGGAAGCCAAGGAGGCCGGUCCUCGGCUCUGCGUGGACCUCAGCGUGGCUGACCACAUGACGAARAAGGAAACGAGCCGGCUUGCUGCACAGAUCAGGAGACUCUAUGGGGCCAACAGGAGAGCAGAAAAACCCUUCUGGCUCUGUUUGACUGGGUUUGUGGUGGGCUCUUUGAUCUACAAGGAAUGCUGCCGCAUGAACGACGGCUUCUGCAAUUACUUGAUAGAUACCACUCCAGAAAGUUACCUUGACCUGUUUCCUUUAGAUGCCAUUGUUUAUCUCACUCCGGACUCCGAGAAUGUCCUUGAAGACAUUGAUCCUAAAAAAGUGUAUAUCCUUGGAGGGCUGGUGGAUGAAAGUAUUCAUAAGAAACUGACCUUGCASAGGGCUCAAGAUCAGUCUUUGCUAACAGCCCGCCUCCCAAUUCGUGAGUACAUGGUGAAAACCACGAACACCAAGAACUACCACUCGGAGACACUUGCAAUCAAUCAAGUCUUCGAUGUCUUAUCAACUUACUACAAAACCCGAAGUUGGCCAGCAGCCUUGAAAGCUGGAGUUUCUUCAGGAAAAGGCUAUGUACUCCCAAGUGCAGUGAAUUAAGUAAMACACAUGGCAAAGUACAAGCAAAUUCUUUAUUUUCCGACGCUAAGGAGCUGUGACAAACAAGGGAAGCAAACUCCAUAUUUCAAGCAGAGACACCACSAUGGAUAUGUACACAGAAAAUAGAAAUCAACUAAACUCUGGGAUAAGAAGCUUAUGAGGAGUGAGAAAUUACCUCUGCAGGGUUAAAGAUGUUAAAGUCAGUGCAGUUGGAGAACAUAAGAUGGAAAGUGAUUCCUAGACUAUUGAGGUAACAGUUUCCAGAAGUCUCAUCUGCCUUAAACCAGCUAAAAGACUCAGAGCUGCUUAAUCCCCAAACUGAUUUU